UGCACCACUGGCGCAUUAUCUGUAGCCCACUAGCCAGUAGGCUAAGCCAUAACUUCAUCGCCUACGCAUUUGUCAGCAGCUAUCUACUGCAUUUUGCUCUCAAGUUGUUUUGUGAGUGCUUUCUUUACCCUUUCGCAGAUAUGUGAAUAACAACGUUUUCAGUAUAAAAAGUUGCCCGAUCUUCUACUGAGAUAGCGUUUCGAGGGAGGGACUUAUAGGCUACUGCUGCUACUGCCUCUGACAGUUGGUGUUUAUUUUCCCCAGCGGAGCUUCUGUAAGGUGCCCCACAGUCGAGCAUCAUGUUGACCCUCCUGUUAAGAAGUUGGAGCGCGCUUGGCUGCCUUCUAGUCCUGAGCCUGCCCCCUAUCUCCAGGCAAGAAGAGCGUGGUAAGCUCCUGCUGGUCUCGUUCGAUGGCUUCCGCUGGGACUACAUCCACCGCGUUCCCACGCCCCACUUUGACGCCAUAAUGCGGGAGGGCGUCCAGGUAGACAGGGUGGUGAACUCCUACAUCACCAAGACGCUGCCCAACCACUACACACUGGUGACGGGCCUUCACGCUGAGAGCCACGGCAUCGUCGCCAACGAGAUGUUCGACCCGCACCUCAACCGCUCCUUCUCCAUGGACGGCCAGAGCGCCUACGAGUCGCGCUGGUGGGAGGAGGCCGUGCCACUGUGGGUGACCAAUCAGCGGGCCGGCCGGCGAAGCGGGGCGGCCAUGUGGCCUGGCUCGGACGUGGAGAUCCGCGGCGCCUACCCGACACACUACUUGCCGUACAACGCCUCCGUGCCCUUCCAGAGCCGCGUGGCCCAGCUGCUCAGCUGGUUUGCGGGCCCCGACCCCAUCGACUUCGGCGUGCUCUACUGGGAAGAGCCCGACGAGAGUGGACACAACCUGGGACCCGAAAGCCCGCUCCUGGACGUCGUAAUCGCAGACAUCGACGACAAGUUGGGCUUCCUGCGUGAUCAGCUGAAGUGGGCCGGGCUGUACGACGAUGUCAACCUGAUCGUGACUAGCGACCACGGCAUGACCCAGCUGUCGUCGGUAAAGAUUAUCGAGUUGGACAGCUAUGUUGGUCGCGACAAGUAUACAUGGGUCGACAAGAGCCCGGUGGUUGGCAUUAUACCCAAGGAAGGUUGUUUUGAUGAGGUCUACAAUUCGCUCCUGAAUGCCAAUCCAAACUUGUAUGUAUACAAGAGGGAAGACAUUCCUGACCACUACCAUUACAGACACAAUGACAGGAUAAUGCCUAUUCUCCUGGAAGCCAGGGAAGGAUGGACAAUUGUGCAGAACAAGACUAAAAAAAUGAUGUUGGGAAACCAUGGUUACAACAACACGUUGCCGAGCAUGCACCCCGUGUUCGUUGCACGUGGACCUGCUUUCCGAAGCAACUACGUGAAGGACACCAUGCACUCUGUCGACCUUUACCCCCUAAUGUGCCACAUCUUGGGCGUGCCCCCUAUGCCCAACAACGGCUCCCUGGCCAACGUCCAGGAUCUCCUGAAAGAGGGGCCUCCAGUGGGUCCUGCUCGUGUUCCUGCUCCUCCUCCCGCUCCCACUCACACUCCUGCUCCAACGCCCAGGCCCCUGGCUCCGUCUAAGCCCAGGGAGCCAUCAUAUGCCUGGGUUGUGGGCCUCCUUCUGGGUACUGCCCUGGUGGUGAUCUUCCUCUUUGUCUUCGUGAAGCAGGUGACACUGAAACAGGUGCCCACACUCCCCCUCGGCAAUCGGGAGAUUUCGCAACCCUUGCUCUACGAGGAACUGCGGCUCUAAGACAUGUCUGUAGCAACUUUGUACUUAUUAUACUUAUUUAUAUUAACAUGUUGUUUUUUUCGAGCAAGGGACACAGCACGUAGAGAUCCCCAGAGCAAGCUGUCUUCUCUUUUGUGUGAAACACUUUAGACAUUAGAGGUGCUGUAAGUAAUUUUUUGUCGUGAAAAAAAAAAUAGAAAUGCUUCUAGACCUACAAUACUGAGUUAUUACAGAAUCAUUAUGGCCUCUGUUUUGCGUCCUGAUUCUUUGAGAUUUUUAUUUUUUUGUUGACAAUUUAGAGGUUUCUGAAAUGCUAACAAGUCCAUUAAACAAGACUGAAACAGGUGUAAAAAAUGCACUCUAAUAUUAUCAAAAACUCUUAAUCCUGCUUUCAGUGUUACAUUAUCAUUGUAAGUCUAGAGAUAUUUUUACCCUUUUUUUCACCAACAACUACUUAGUGCACCUUUAAGCAUUGAACAAUGUCCUCAGGUGUUCAGAGAUCCUGCUGUGACUGUAAUCCUGUAAUACAAGUUUUCACUGAUGGUUUGUCCUUGUCAUGGUCACUAAAUCACACGAGCAACCAAAGAGGUGGUAAACAUUAAAGUAGCAGUCACCUAAUUCUUCCCAUUCGAGCUGUGCUAUGAAUGACUAUGAAAGCUAGCCAUUUGGCUGCGGACAAACCGCUUCAUGAUUUAUUCCCAUCAAAAUAUUCUUUAAAUUCCAUCUUGAUUUAGUGAAUUUAGUUGCUAAACGCUGUUGGGUUCGAACUGGAUUUGGCAGCUAAGUGUUCUCCCACUGUUGAAUGGGAGUGACUGCUCUCAGGCACUGCAUUGAUAGUCAGACCAAUCCUGAACACAGGUUAUAGAGCCCUCUAAAGGGUUAUGGUGGGAUUUUUAAAAAAAUAUAGGCUAUAUAUUUUUAAAAGUGACAUUUUUUUGGAGCUAAUUUUGCGUUCCAAUACCACAAUGCCUUUGCAUUCCCUCGCAAUAGUUUUGCAUUGCCUCUUAAGAACCAAUGCAAAACUAUGUGUCCCCUCACAAAGUCAAAUAUUUUGCCAGGGAAUGCAAACCUAAUGCCAGGGAAAACCAAUCGUAUUGCAAGGGAAUGCUGAACAUAUUGCGAGGGAACAUUAACGUAGCCCCCCGACCCCAAAAUUAUCACCAAAAAAAAAUAAAUCUCACCAUGUCCCUUGGGGGGGACUUCAUAACAGGUCACAAAGCAGGACGAGACGAAUAAAACACAAGUGUCUAAUGCAGCUGACAAUGAAUUUUAAGAGGUUUUCUUUUUUCCGUACUAGAUUAAGUCUAGCUGCCAGUGUUUUUUUAUAUAUAUAUGUAUUGCUUUGUUUGCGUUUUUAAUAGGUCUGCAAGAUUUAAUAGUUUUAUGUGUUGUGUACUUCUUUUUCUCCCAUCUUAAUUCAUAAUUGUAUUAAGGUUAAGUGCAAUUACUUUUAGAAGUUUUCUAUGUUGUGUUUGAAAUGCAAGUAGAGAUGAGUCUGUAUGUUUUUGUUUUGGUUGAACUACUAAGGUUGGUAGUUGAAAAGCUUCUUGUAUGUUGCGCUCUUUAUUAAGAGCAAGCUGAAAUUAAGAAAAAAUAUAUAGCCUAUUUAAAAGAGUAAUAUACUAGAGGAUAGGUGGCUUUAUUGAUAAACAUUUUUGCACAAUUUAUUUAGUGCUUUUAAAAGGGAAUUUCCUAAUGCCAAACUUUGUGAGGGGGUAAGGAUGUCUGCUAACAGCUAAAAUAUUUCACCACAAGUAGAAGUUUUUCUUCAAUUCAAUGUCAGAUCAUUAAGGUUACUUUUGAGCAUGGCAUCUUGUGCAAAUAUGGUCAUUCAUGGGACGUUAACAACACUGUGAUCUACCUUCUCCAGGUAAAGAACUUAAGUAUUGUAUUUCAUGUGUUCUUCAAUGUAGGCAUUGCCUUCCAGGUCUAUGCGGGCCUUAAGAGAAAAGAAACUAUGUUCUGUGGCUUAACUAUUGUUUAGUGAAGAAAAUUAACUGGAUUACCAGAGUAAUGGUGACAUUUCCUCAAUUGUUUCAGUGGCUACUAGGAUGUGGUUUUGUUUUUAACUUAUGAUUUUGAACAAAUCCUAAGUGUUACAUGUUAAAAUUGCUGGUUUUGAUUAAAAGGUAGUGACAACA